ACGACAUUGUACCUAUGAGUGUCAGUGAAAUUUUUAUUUGGUGAGUGGAGAUUAUCUUGAAAUAUAUCACUUCAGGUUCCAAAACAUGUUGAUUUUUAAACUGCUUGUUAUAUGGGCAAUUUGGUUCCGCUCCUCUCAUAGUGUUACGCCUGGAGUACUCUUAGCACUAGCUCAUCUGCAGAACCAGAAAGCAAGGAAUAUAGCAAAUGCUCUCAACUGGCGAGCUAAAGCCCAAUACAGUGUAGCACUAGCUAAAGCCAGAGCCAACUUGGCUAAAGUCGGUGACCGUCGCAUUAUCAGAAAUUCCAGAGAGUUUAAUAUCGAUGAUGUACUUGGUAAUGGUCCAGAAACAAAUCCUUUGCUGAAUAAUGAUAAUUUUGAAGGCGUUUCUCAAAUGAAGUUGUCAAGCAACGAAAAUAAUGAAUUUCAUGCAGAUCAGUGGGUUGGCAUACCAGGCUAUCAAAUUGAAAAUGAAGGAGCAGAAGCUGUUACAGAUAAAGAUAUAGAAGUUUAUGACACACCAGAUUUGCCACACCAGAUAUCGAAUGUGCCAAAUUGCGAUAUGCCUUCUUACCAAUGUAAUGGAUUUGAAACCGACUUUUAUCCAGGAACAGAGGGGUGA